ACAAGGAAAAACAAAAACCUGUCUUUGAAUCCAAGUCUCUCUCUCUCUCUCUUUCUCGCCACACUUCAUCAUCUCUGCUACUUUUUUUUUGUUCUCGUCUCAGUGAGUUUUCUUUGAUAGGUUUAUUGCUAAAUCAAUCAAAUAAUCUUGUCCAGUUUCACUUCUCUUUUACCAUUUCCUUGUUCCAUUCUUCAGCUUCUCUCUCUCUCGCUCUUUACUUUACUAAACUUGGUCUCUUCUUGAGCUUAUACAUCUCAUUUCUGCAGAGAGUACUUGUCAAAGAAAGUUGUCGUCUUUCUCCAGAUUCUUCUUGAGCUUAUACUGUUGAUCAUCCGUGAAAGAAUCUAGGUUCCGCUUCUUUUUUAAUGAGCCGAAUUUGAAGGAAUCUUUCAACAGACGAUGAGAUCGAAGUAUUUUUGUUCGUUAGCUCUUGUUCUUGGUCUCUUCUUCGUUUCUUGUGAUGGGUUUGCCUCUAAUGAAGUUCAAGCACUUAGAAGAUUCAAGGAAGCUAUCUAUGAGGACCCUUUGCUAGUUAUGUCUAAUUGGAAUGACCCCAAUUCAGAUCCUUGUGAUUGGACCGGCAUUUAUUGCUCUCCAUCUAAAGAUCAUGUUAUCAAGAUAAAUAUAUCCGCUUCAUCGAUAAAAGGGUUUCUUGCGCCGGAAUUGGGUCAAAUAACGUACCUGCAGGAACUAAUCCUACAUGGGAACAUUCUAAUAGGGACAAUACCUAAGGAGAUAGGAAACUUAAAGAAUCUCAAAAUCUUGGACUUGGGAAACAAUCAUCUUAUGGGACCGAUCCCUGCAGAGAUCGGGAGUUUGUCCGGCAUCAUGAUAAUCAACCUUCAGUCCAAUGGUUUGACUGGAAAGUUGCCUGCAGAGCUCGGUAACUUGAAGUACCUUAGAGAACUUCAUAUUGACAGGAAUAGGCUUCAAGGAAGUCUUCUUGUUGCUGGAGCAUCGGGCUAUCAGUCGAAAGUGUAUUCUUCAAAUUCAAGUGCAAACAUCGCUGGUUUGUGCAAAUCUUUAAAAGUAGCUGACUUUUCAUACAACUUUUUCGUGGGAAAUAUUCCAAAAUGUUUAGAAAACCUUCCAAGGACGAGCUUUCAAGGGAACUGCAUGCAAAACAAGGAUCUUAAGCAUAGAUCUUCUUCCCAAUGCGCUAAUGCACAACUGGUCAAAACUCAUGGAAGCCCGAGCGCUGCUCCUAAGCACCAAUCAGCUCAAAUGGUGGCUAAGCACCAUAGAGCAUCAAAACCUAAAUGGCUUCUAGCUCUUGAGAUAGUCACAGGGUCAAUGGUUGGUUUGCUCCUUCUGGUUGCACUUUUCUCUGCAGUUCACCGCUGGAACAAUAGAUCAACUCUCAUCAUUCCUUGGAAGAAAUCUUCAAGUGAAAAGGAAAAGUUCACAGUCUACGUAGAUUCUGAAAUGCUGAAGGAUGUUUCGAGAUUAACAAGACAAGAGCUCGAAGUGGCGUGUGAAGACUUUAGCAACAUCAUUGGUUUAUCAGCAGAUAGUCAGAUCUAUAAAGGAACGCUGAAAGGUGGGUCUGAGAUUGCGGUGAUCUCUCUUUGUGUAAAGGAAGAAGAUUGGACUGGAUAUCUUGAGCUCUAUUUCCAGAGAGAGGUUGCAGAUUUGGCUAGAUUAAACCACGAGAACACAGCGAAAUUACUUGGAUAUUGCAAAGAGAUCUCACCAUUUACAAGAAUGCUUGUUUUUGAGUAUGCAUCAAACGGAACACUAUAUGAGCACCUUCACUACGGGGAAGCGGCGUUAGUAUCGUGGGCAAGACGGAUGAAGAUUGUUAUAGGCAUCGCACGUGGUCUCAAGUACCUUCAUAUGGAACUUGAUCCUCCGUUUACAAUCUCUGAGCUGAGCUCAAACGCAAUUUAUCUCACAGAAGAUUUUACUCCCAAGCUGGUUGAUUUCGAAUGCUGGAAGACAAUUCUUGCAAGAUCAGAAAAGAAUUUGAGAAAUAUUAGUAGCCAGGGUUCGAUAUGUGUACUCCCAAACGGAAUGGAGAGCCGAUAUCUUGAUGUGUCGGGUAAUAUCUAUGCAUUCGGGAUUCUUUUGCUGGAAAUUGUCAGUGGAAGACCUCCUUAUUGCAAAGACAAAGGAUUCUUAAUUGAAUGGUUAUAUCGCACCUCAAAUGUGGUUUUUGUGGCAAAAGUUUUGAAUUUGAAACGUAUCUAUUGCAUUUUGCAGGCAAAGGAGUUCCUUGAAGCACCAGAGGCAAUGUCGGGAUUGGUGGAUCCAGAGCUGAAACAUUUUAACCAAGAAGAUCUUGAGACGGUAUGCGAAGUGGCUAGCCAAUGCUUGAACCGGGACCCAACCAACAACAACAACAAUCACAACAAGCCCUCAGUGCAAGAGCUAUGCGAGACAUUGGAGAGCAGAAUCAGUCUGUCUAUUUCAGCGGAGCUUAGAUCAUCUUCUUUGGCUUGGGCCGAGCUGGCGCUUGACUCGUGAUGAGAAUGAUGAAAGGAAAGAAAACGAGUGUUGAAUGAUGCAAUGCUAACUAACUAAAAACCAAACUCUCAACUCUGUAAAUCAAUCGACUGAUUACAACAUUUGAUAUUGUUUUUUUUUGCUCUGAUCUUGACGAGUGUGUCUGUGUUCUUGAUUAGUUUUGAGUUUUGGGUGGUUCAAAGUGUUUGUAAAUGAAGAGAUGAACAUAGUUUCUGAAAGAUUUUCUCUAUUAUUUGAAAAUCUAUGAGAGGUUGAAGAAUGUUAAUGUAGUGUGUUUGGAUCUAACCUUUAAUCUUAUAUUAUAUAGAGCAUUGUAUCUAUUGUUUGACAUGAUUAGUCUCAUUGGAAAAAGCUUCAAGGCAAUCAAUUUGAGAUCAAUAU